AUGUUUAAUAUAUUCUUCACCAUUUUACCAGUAUUCAUGAGGAGCACCCAACCCUGCACAGCUGCGAGUCUCGGCAAGUAUUUGAUUAAGCUCCUUGGCAGCAUUGAUCUGUUGCUGCUACUCACGCUCUGCUCUAGAAUCUCACACAGAUGCAUAGUGUUGACGAAAAAUGAAACUUACUGCAUUGCCACUGGAGUCAACAUCAUUACUUCAGUGCGGUUACUUUGGAAUCGCGUUCGAGGAAAGCAAUUGAAGCAUCUUGUUUCACACGGCUCCAGCUUGUGCGAAUACCUGCAAGACUACCGCAAAAAUCCACUCUUUUUCACCAUUUGGCUAUGGUCUUCUCUCAAUAAUUUGCAAAACGAGUGUGAAGUUGGUUCUUGGAAACCAAUACAGGCACCAUCCUGUGCUGAUUAUUGUGCUUAUGCUGGGCUACGCGUUCUAAACAUCAUUUUCGGGCAUUAUCCGAGACAAGCACUCAAACCCUACCAUCUGCAGAUCCCUCUCUGUUGCAACCCACUAAGACGCGUGAGUUUGUGCUAA